UUUUUUUUUUUAUCUAUUUUUUUAUCUGCAUUUUUUUAAACCGUCUUCUUUUUCUUCCCCUCUGCGCCGCUUUGUUUAUCUCUUGCUAGAAACUCGACAUCCAUUCGAACCGUUCCAAACGCCAUCCUUUAAUAAAGACGAGACGAGUCACCAGCGCGCCACGACAUAUUUCUUAUUUGCUAUUGCACAUCAUCAAACCAACGAUUUGGUCAUUGCUUUUCACCGGCCACCACCGGCCCCGCAGUCAUCAAACAUCGAGCUCGCCGAUAGCCAACAUAACAGCUUUACCAAACCCGUUGUAUCGCGUUAAAACUUCCAUAUAGCAGCUUGUCAGGAUGGGAACAUACACGUUCAAGUGGCCCAACGCUGGCGAGAGCGUCUUUGUGACAGGCACCUUUGACGAGUGGAAAAAGACGGUCCAGUUGGACAAGGUUGGCGACAAUUUCGAAAAGACCGUGACGCUCCCCGAGACCACUGAAAAGAUUUAUUACAAGUUUGUUGUCGACGGCCAGUGGACUGUCAACCAGGCUGCUCCGAAAGAAAACGACGCAAGCGGCAUCGAGAACAACGUACUCACCCCCGAAGACAUCAUCAAGAGCGCACCAGCAGAGGCCGCCAUCAUCAACUCCGUCGCCCCUGAAGCCACUACCGUUGCCUUGGCCGCCGACGCUCCUUUGGAAAAGAAGGAGGACAAAGCACCCGCAGCCGAAACAGAAGGAGAAAUGUCCAAGGAUUCCAAGGACUCGCCUGUUCCAGGCGCUUUCCCCGAGACACCAGCAGCAGAGUUGGAGAAGGAGGUCAAGAUUAGCCCGCUCCCUGCUUCUGACGGCGCCGUAAACCCCAUCAAGCUUGCACCUGGUGAGAAGAUUCCCGAAGAGUUCAAGACCGCCGAUAUCAACGCAAAUGUCAAGCUUGAUCCCGAGUCAUACGAGAAGGCCGACACCCUCCCCGGCGUCUCUACUACUCUGCCUCCUGUCAGCAGCACCAUGAUUCCCGAGUCGAGCUUGCCUGUCGCCGCCGCAAACGAUGUCACCGUCAGCUCGGUUGGCCCCGAGUCAACAACCGUUGCUUUGGCUGCCGAGGUGCCCCUGGAGCCCAAGGCCCCCGCAAUCGUCAAGGAGAGCCAGGAGAAGGCUGGUGUCGACCCUGAGGCCAGCGCCGUCAGCGAAGAGAUCAAGGAGAAGAAUGAGGUUGAGGCUGAGCUUCUGAGCAAGGUGCCUGAGGCCCCUGCGACCUCUGAGGGUACCGCCGGCAAGGGUACCGAGAAGUCUGAGAAUGACAAGACCCUCGCUGAGACUGCGGCUGCUACCGCUGCUGGUGUUUUGAGUGCUGCCGUCGCUGCCAAGGACAGCGCGGUUGACCAGGCAACCGCCGCCGCUGCACAGCUGCCCGACUCGGUCAAGCAAAGCCUCCCUGCCUCUGUGCAGAGCGCAAUUGCGCCGGCUGCUCAGGAGAGCGUGCGACAGGAAGUUUCACCCGAGGUCCCUGCCGAGGUCAAGGAGUCCAUCAAGGAGGCCGGUGAAAGCCCGGAGGCGGCGGCCAACACGGCGGCUGUUGAGGAGAAGAAGAAGAUUGAGGCCGAGCUUCUGAAGGAGGUUGCACCUGCCCCUGCCGUUGGGGAAGAGUCGAAGAAGGUCGAGGAGAAGGCAGCUGAGACGACAGACAAGGCUGAAGAGGCCAAGCCUGCGACCAACGGCUCUUCGGAGCCAACUACCAAGGUCGUCAAGGAGCCUGAACCCACAGCAACCAAGGCGCCUGAGACGCCGACCAAGAAGACCGAGACUCCGAGCACGGCCGCCUCUGGGGACAGCCCGGCGACAGCCGAGAAGAAGAAGAAGAACCGGUUCAGCACCAUCAUUAGCAAGGUCAAGAGCAAGCUGUCCAGCAAGGAUUCCAAGUAAUCAAGCAACUUGAAAAAAAAACAAAGGUAGAAACAGGGUGGUGGUAAUUUGGCAACACUUGCACGUCAGGCGCAUGCGCGAAAUGUUUAAUACGUUGGAUUGUAUAGACGGGAUUGGGUGGUUGUGGCCAUGCGCAGUAUACCUUUUUCAUCGACUUGAUCCUCACGCCUCUUGCUUGGGUCUUACUUUUUUUCUUUGCUUUUUCACAUGUUGUUUUGCUCUUUUUUUUCAUGUUUUCUGCUUGUUUUCAUUUGGUCAUGAUAUCCCACUGUUACGCGUCUAAUUGAGACUGUUGUGAGGCUAUACAAACUUGCGAGCUCAUGUAGUUUUGCUGAGACUUGUCUAGACUCGCGAACAAGCAUCUGUGUACCAUAGAGUCAUCGUCACUCGCUGCUAUACUUGUUAGUCAGAAACAAUCCGUUUCUAGCAUUGCCUGAUUGAAUACUGUCGCCAUCCAUUGAGGGUGUAUAUGGGUCAAAGUAGAUUCUACUGUUGAGAACAGUCACA